AUGGACACUAGUUCCAAAAACCAAGCAUCAAGUGACCUGAGCAAAGUCACAGACCGUCUGAGCCUCUAUCAGAACCACCUCCUUUCAUCCUCACCCUCAUAUACAGCAUCCUCCUCCACGAACUUACCGUCAAAAAACCCAGCGCCAAUGUCUCGCGACCCGAUUACCUGCCACGUACUCAACACCCUAACCGGCACGCCGGCCGCGCACCUCCCCGUCACCCUCGAGCUCCUCUCCAGCCCCUCCUCCGCAACAUCCAGCAAUGUCCGCUUCACCGCAACAACAAACGCAGACGGCCGCGUAGCGAGCUGGACACCCGCGACAGCAGACGCAUAUCGCGUUCCCGAGAUCCUCGCCUCCCUCCCCGCGUCCGACAGCAAGACAAACUGGGCUCUGCGAUUCGAGGUCGGGCCGUGGUUUGAAGCGCAGGGCGUCGAGAGUUUCUGGCCGGAGGUUGAGGUCAAGUUUACGGUUAAGGGGCGCGGAAAGGAGGGCGAGGAGGGCUGGAGGCAUUAUCAUGUUCCGGUGCUGCUGGGGCCUUGGAAUUAUUCGACGUAUCGGGGGUCGUGA